AUGACGAGAAUAUACUGGGAAGAAACAAAAUGCAAGGAAGGGCUUGCCCUUCUCCGGCCCACCACCUCGCGAACACGUCGCGAGGCAUUAAGGGAAACGGUUUUAUUUUGGCAAAGGCGGGCGCCAGCCGGGGCCAGGGAGCCGCCUGGGAGCCCCGCGGCCCCGAGGCCGGGGCCGGAAACGGCCCCGCGAGCGGCGCACCCGGACACCCCAGCCCCACACACCGGCCCGGCUGCGGAGGGGCCGCCGCGGGGUGCGGAGGGCGGCGCCGGCUGCCCGCGCCCCUCCCCCUACCGCGGCGGAAGCGUCUCGGGUUUGAAAGAUGCCGCCGCCGCCGCCCCCCGCACUCCCCCCCCGCCGGCAGAGCCACAAAGGGCCGAACCCCCUCCCACUGCUGCCCUCCUUCCCCAAUUCCUCCACAGGUCUUGGCGGGCUCCCCCCGCCCGCCCCUAUCUCCCGCCCGGCGUUGAAGACGCCUGCUCACCCGUGUCCCCAGGUUCCAGGGAUCGGGAUCCGGUGCGGCCGGCGGCCCCGAAAACACUGGGCCCCUCGGGCGCGGCGGCGGGGGCGUGGCCCUCCCGCCGCGGCCAGGGCCGGGGUCUCGCCUCCGCCUCCCCCGAGGAAGGCUGGCGCCGUCGCCUCGUCUUCCUUCCGGCUUUCCCUCGCGCCCUCCCUCGGUCGGUCCGUCCUGCGCGGAAAGCAGCGUCCUCUGCGGGCGCCGCCGCACGCUCCUUAGGGCCCGACCACCGCCAGACUCCUCCCCCGGGAGCCGCGCCGCCGGGCCGCGAGACGCCCGGCUCGCCGCUCCCGCCCCGCCCCUGCGGCGCGCGCUCGCCCCCUUCGCGGGCCCCUUCCGCGGCCCGGGAACGCGCGGGCAGCGGACGGCGGGCCAGCCUUCGCCAGGUUUUAACUCCCGCCGCUUGCGCCCGCCUAGCGGCACAAGCGGCAGUUUUGCAGUUUCCCGGGUUCUUGAGACCCCCACCCCUUUCCCGCGCCCUUCCCCUAGCUUCCCCCGCCCUUUUCCUUUGCUGGAUCCCACCGGAAAGCCAAAACAAUUGGGUCCGCGCAGGCGCACAAAAGGAAGCGGAAAGAGGAGGAAGGGAGGGGGCGGUGCGAGGUGACGGGGAGGUGCUUUUGGAGGGGUUUCCCGGAGAAGGUCAGCGGAUAGCCCGCGGAGGGCGCGUGCGCGACCAGGCGGUGGUCGCUUCCUAG